ACCUCGGGAGCACAGUGCCCGUCUCUGCGGGGCCACAUGAGCAGAGCCACCCUCUCGCAGGUGCCAUCAUGAUGGAGAAGCCCAACGUGCGGUGGAGUGACGUGGCCGGACUGGAGGGAGCCAAGGAAGCCCUGAAGGAGGCCGUGAUCCUGCCCAUCAAGUUCCCGCACUUGUUUACCGGAAAACGCACGCCCUGGCGAGGGAUCCUGCUCUUCGGGCCCCCUGGCACUGGCAAGUCCUACUUGGCCAAGGCCGUGGCCACCGAGGCCAACAAUUCCACCUUCUUCUCCGUGUCGUCCUCGGACCUGAUGUCAAAGUGGCUGGGAGAGAGCGAGAGACUGGUGAAGAACCUCUUCGAGCUGGCGAUGUAGCACAAGCCCUCCAUCAUCUUUAUCGACGAGGUGGACUCUCUGUGUGGCUCCCGCAACGAGAACGAGAGCGAGGCGGCCCGGCGCAUCAAGACGGAGUUCCUGGUGCAGAUGCAGG